GGUAGGUAGCAUGGUAGGUGCCCAGCUCGAGCUCGGUAGUAGGUGCGAAGAUCUCUAUCAUCAUACUCGCACGAGCAGUUGCUAUCUUGUUCCUCAGAUCUCAUUGAAGCACGGCUGUAAUAAGUCGGGAUAUAUACAAUUACAUAUACACAUAUACAUAUACAUAUAUAUAUAUAUAUUUACACAGCAUCUCGUUCGCCAGUAAAUAAGCCAGCAAGCAAUAAAUAGCUACAUGCAACCAUCCCAAUGUCCCCUUCCAUUCCAUUCCAAUCCACUCCCACCCCUCAAACCGAGGUUUCGCAGCUUUCUCUCUCCACACACAAGUGCUGCUUUCGCAUAACAAGCGGCGUACGUCAUUGAGGGGAUGAACUGAUUUCUCCACCACCAAAGGAUAUAAAGACAACGUACACUCAAUUCACACUCCCAGCUUCCUUUCACGUCGCCAUCAACAACCCGCUCCAUCAUCCAUCAGAAACCCCAAUCCAUCCACCAUGACGACCUUCGUUCCCAGCUUAACGCUGCCGGCAGCCAUAUUUGCCAAUCCAACUGCUUCGGUUCUCUUACCCGUUGCUCUUGGAUCUGCAAUUGGCUUCGCAGUUAGACCAAAAGAAACUCAAAAGACCUACAUGGCACUUAAACAACCCCCUUUCCGCCCCCCUCCAUACGUCUUCGGUCCAGCCUGGACUCUCCUCUACGGCCUCAUGGGAUACUCUGCCUACCGCGCCUACUCCACCGGAUUAUCUCCUCUAGCUUCGACCGAAAAACAUCUCCUCUUCAAACAAGGUGCUACACUCUACACCAUCCAACUCGGCCUCAACCUCAUCUGGAUGCCCCUCUUCUUCUCUCUCAAACGCCCCAUCCUCGCAACCGUCGACAUCGUCGCCCUCACCGGAACCGUCUCCUACCUCACCUACAUCUGGAGCCAAGUCGACUCCGUCGCCGCCUGGGCCCUCGCUCCCUACGUCGGCUGGCUCGGAUUCGCCACAUACCUCAGCGCCGGCGUCGGCUACUUAAACGACUGGAACAUCAGCGACAAGGAAGUCGCGAAGAGUCCCAAGGGCAAGGGAACCAAGUACGUGGACGAGAAGGAAGAGUAAGGGAUACAUGUCACGAACGAGCACGCCUUGAAAUCCCCAAACGCGUCCGUCAUCGUCUCGAGAAAAUCAUCGCAUAUUCAACACGCUCCGAUUCUAUCACCAAACUCAGCUUUUCGCACGGUGUUGAAUUAAUCGUCUUCAGAUAAUAUACCAUAGCUUUUAAUCAUGAAUUAUUUCUUUUCCACAGUAACAACAAUGCUGCGAUAUCCCCCAUGCUACAUACUCCAUACCCCAUGCUCCAUGCUCUCUCUUUUGGCUUUUGAUUAUACACACACCGAUGCAUAUGCAUAAACCAAUACACAUCUCACUCGCCAUAUAACACUGAACUUGAACUCCACCUCGACUCAUCUCGUGGAUAACACGGGGAAGAAAAAGUACCCUCUUAAUCAGGGAUGUCAUUGUUGUCUCGCUUACUCUUUCUACUUGGGUGUUAUAACUACAACUUAGUUAUUCUAUUUGUCUAUUUAUUUAUAAUAAUCUCAAUUGAUAUAUACACACAUAUAUCUACUUCAAUACACAAUC